CACUUCCUCCUCGGGGAAAGAAGCGAGCGGGGGGGCGAGAAAAGUUUGUCCGGCGGGGCGGGCGCUGCUGCCGCUUCCACGGAGACGCGUCCCGGGGGCUGCAGAGACGCCGCCGGGCUUUCCCGCGUGGGACAGAGAGAGAGAGACGGCGGGGAGGGCAUCCGAGGAGCCCGCGGGCGUCUGGAUGGCGUCCCUGCCCGCCGCCCCCGCGCCCGUGGGCGCCCCCGAGCCCAUCCAGCCGGCCGCCUCCCCGGCCAGCCCCGCGGGGGUCUCCUUCCAGCUGCAGAUCGGGCUGACCCGCGAGUACGUCCUGCUGCCCGCCGCCUGCGACCUCGCCCACGUCAAACAGCUGGCCUGCUCCAUCGUGGACCAAAAGUUUCCUGAAUGUGGAUUUUAUGGCCUCUACGAUAAAAUCCUGCUGUUCAAACAUGACUCUUCGACAGCCAACAUUUUACAGCUGGUCCGAGCCGCCUCCGACAUUCAGGAGGGUGACCUGGUGGAAGUGGUUCUCUCAGCCUCGGCUACUUUCGAGGACUUCCAGAUCCGUCCACACGCUCUCAACGUCCACUCGUACCGGGCACCGGCGUUCUGCGACCACUGCGGAGAGAUGCUUUUCGGUUUGGUCCGCCAAGGCCUCAAAUGUGACGGUUGCGGCCUGAACUACCACAAACGUUGCGCCUUCAGCAUUCCCAACAACUGCAGCAGCGCCAGGAAACGCCGCCUCUCGUCCACCUCGCUGGUCAACUCCCAGUCCUUGCGGCUGUCGACCACAGAAUCCUUGCCUUGCACCCCAGACGAACUGAGCCGGAGUUCCACGGAGCUCUUCCCCCGCCGCCUGACCUCCUCCACCUACAUCGGCCGCCCCAUAGAGCUGGACAAGCUCUUCCUCUCCAAGGUGAAGGUGCCCCACACCUUCCUCAUCCACUCCUACACCCGCCCCACCGUCUGCCAGUUCUGCAAGAAGCUCCUGAAGGGCCUCUUCCGCCAGGGCCUCCAGUGCAAAGAUUGCAAAUUCAACUGCCACAAGCGCUGUGCGACCCGUGUGCCCAACGACUGCUUGGGAGAGGCGUCCUUUAAUGGUGGUGAUAUGCCGAUGGAAGAAUCGAGUGAUCUCAGCGAGGCGGAUAAGAACUCGCUCAUGGAUGAGUCCGACGAUUCCGGGAUCAUCCCCGGAUCCCAUUCAGAGAACGAUCUGCGCAUGGACGAAGACGUGGAGAGUCUCCAGAAAUCCCAAAGCUCCAUGGGGUACAUCCCCCUGAUGCGGGUGGUGCAGUCCGUCCGCCAGACGACGCGCAAGUCGAGCACGGCGCUGAAGGAAGGCUGGAUGGUGCAUUUCAGCAACAAGGACCCCUUGAGAAAACGUCAUUAUUGGCGGCUGGACAGCAAGUGCCUCACCCUCUUCCAGAACAACAGUAGCAAUCGCUACUACAAGGAAAUCCCCUUGUCGGAGAUCUUAACCGUCGAGCCGGCUCAGGAUUUCUCCCUCGUGCCGUCCGGCGCAAACCCUCACUGCUUUGAAAUCAUUACCGCCAACGCCACCUACUACGUGGGCGAGAACGGCGCCCCCAGCGCCCCCCAGCAUGGCGGGGAUGGCCUGGAACACGCCAAGGCCUGGGAGACGGCCCUUCGCCAAGCCCUCAUGCCCGUCGUCCUGCAGGGGGUCCCGGCUGCCCAGGGACAGCCCCCCCAUAGACAAGCUUCUUUGAGGAUCUCCGUCUCCAACAGCCAAAUCCAGGAGAAUGUGGACAUCUCCACCGUCUACCAGAUAUUUCCAGAUGAGGUCCUGGGUUCCGGUCAGUUUGGUGUGGUCUACGGAGGGAAACACCGCAAGACAGGCAGGGACGUGGCGGUGAAGGUCAUCGACAAGCUUCGCUUCCCCACAAAGCAGGAGAGUCAAUUGCGGAACGAGGUUGCCAUCCUACAGAGUUUGAGGCACCCUGGGAUUGUGAAUCUGGAAUGCAUGUUUGAGACCCCGGAGAAAGUCUUUGUCGUCAUGGAGAAACUGCACGGGGAUAUGUUGGAGAUGAUCCUGUCUUCGGAGAAGGGCCGGCUCCCAGAGAGGCUGACCAAGUUCCUGAUCACCCAGGUCCUGGUAGCCCUCCGGCAUCUGCAUUUCAAGAACAUCGUCCACUGCGACCUGAAGCCUGAGAAUGUCCUCCUGGCGUCCGCCGAGCCUUUUCCGCAGGUGAAGCUGUGCGACUUCGGCUUCGCCCGCAUCAUCGGGGAGAAGUCCUUCCGGCGCUCGGUGGUGGGCACCCCGGCCUACUUGGCCCCCGAGGUCCUCCUCAACCAGGGCUACAACCGCUCGCUGGACAUGUGGUCGGUGGGCGUCAUCCUGUACGUCAGCCUGAGCGGCACCUUCCCCUUCAACGAGGACGAGGACAUCAACGACCAGAUCCAGAACGCCGACUUCAUGUACCCCCACAACCCCUGGCGGAGGAUUUCGGUCGGAGCCAUCGACCUGAUCAACAACCUGCUGCAGGUGAAGAUGAGGAAACGUUACAGUGUGGAUAAGUCACUCAGCCACACCUGGCUGCAGGUAGGUUGAAGAGGAGGGGGGGCAGGCUGCGUUGAAUACCUUCCUACCCAAAUGGGUCACUCUCGGUCAGUCUUCGGCUUCUGUACAUUUGGACUGUAAAAGUCCUUAAUCGAGGGGCCCUUGGUGCUCCCCCAGGU